GGGCUCCCAAGCAGGUGGCCCUGUACCCUGCGGCUGGGCCCCGGCCGAUAAGGGUAGGUAGGGCUGUCUCAAUGUCGACCUCUUCAGCUCCUCCACCAAUGGCCCUCUCUGCGCAGCGGAGAUGUUUACGCACCCCACGAGUGUCUCGGCCAGCCGCUUGCGACGCUCCGCCCACGCGGCCGUCACCUGCUCCGUCAGCUCCCAUGCCAUGGACGCCAUGUCUACCAGUGGGACGCCACCGACGUGGAACAUGCGCCCAAAGAAGACGUCGUGAAUGUACUCAUGUGCGCGCUCCAGAGCGGUGCCAAAAGCUUUGGUCGUGUAUGACCCAUUGAAGAGCUCCCGCCUCGCCCAGAGGCGCAGCAGCCGGUCCGCAUCUCUCGCCGUAGCUGCCGAGUCGUCAUCGGGGUGCUCGUUCAGUAACCCCGCACGCGAGAAGCUCUCACAUAGCGACGACACCGUGAAGAGGUCCAUGUCACAGAUGAAUCGACCGAACCGGUACAGCAGGUGAAUGAAGAACUUGUGGGGGCUGUCCGGCUUGACGGCGGAGAACACAAUGACCACCUCUUUGGCAUUGUGCUUCGGUCGCGACUCCACGAACCGCUGCACUAGGGCCUCGCCGUGCCUGUUGACCACCGCUUGCUGCAGACGCUCGAGAAAACCGACCAUGGCAGCGUGAGACGCGUACACGCCACUUGAGCCACAGCCCUGUCGACACGCCUCCACCGCCUCCGUCAAGUACCGCUGCCGAAACUUCACGGUCUGCAGCCCGCCGUCGGUCAAAGGUGUGACGGUGAGGUCCUCAGAGACGUCGUCCCGAUUGCGACGCGCAGCCGGCGGACGCUGCGAGAGCACCAUCCACCUGCACCACGCACACAGAAAAACACACCCAUCCAUCCAUCCAUCCAUCCGUCUAUCACAUCUAUCCAUCCAUCCAUCCAUUCAUACAUGACCGACCCACAACGUGUAUCCCGCUCCCUCACUCACUUGAAGUACUCCUCAAUGGAAUCGAUCCAGUGGAGCUCUGGCGGGUGGAUGCCGAAGACGCUGACCUUGUCCAAGGGCUUCCUCGUCACAAACAGAUCAUUAAUAACCCUGUGCUGACCCUCUGUGAACUGCCGCCAUAAUGCGUUGGGAAGAACCCUCCGCCUCGCCUCUACUGGCACCGCCUGCGUGCCCGAACGGAAGCCUUGCGGGUUGCCCGGGUGAGGCUGUGGCGGCGCGUUCUGAACGCUGUCCACCGAGAGGCCGAGAUUCUAGGCCUUCCAGCCGCACCUCAGCUCCGGAGGCAGGGAUGCGACAUGGAUGCAGUCGACCGAAGAGGUCACAUAGGGAAAGUCGUGCAGCUGCCACAGCAUCUCGGUAUAGGAGAUCCGCAGCGCCUGCCGGUGACGCGUGUCCCGACGCCUCCCUUUCUUCUUGCUGUCGCUGUCAGGUGGUGCCGAUGUGCCGUCCUGUGGUCCGUGUGGUGGCUGCCUAUCACCAUCAGCAGCAGCUGCUGCUGCCGGGCCUCCCUGAUCCUGCGCCUGACGCGCACGCGCCUGCACGCCGCCGAUCUUCGUGUUCUGGAUGCCGUAGCUGUUGAUGCGAACGUCGGUGAGCGCGUUCCUGUCGGACUCACGAGCCACACUCAGGCUGGCCAU